AUGAUGGUCCUAUUCGCUACGCUCUACGACAAGUCGCGUUACGUGACGCACUAUCGCAAUCUUCAGCAGUGCGUGCGACACGGUUUACGCAUGAUGAAAGUCUAUCGCGCGUUGCAGUUCGUGCAGUCUCCUUGGCUACGCGCGUACAUCGAGCUCAAUACGGAACGGAGAACUCGCGCGAGCAACGAGUUCGAGAAGAAUCUGUAUAAGUUGAUGAACAACACGGUUUUCGGCAAGACUAUGGAGAACGUGCGCGAUCACGUAGACGUGAGGCUUGUGACGCGUUGGGACGGGAGAUACGGCGCGAAGGCGCUGAUCGCGAAACCGAACUUCCACAGCUGGAGCGUCUUCGACGAGAAUCUCAUGGCCGUCGAGUUGCACAAAUUCGAAGUUAAGUUUAACAAACCGAUCUACGUCAGUAUAUGCAUUCUCGAAAUAUCCAAGAUGCGUUUGUACGAAUUUCAUUACGAUUAUAUGAUUCCGCUUUAUCGCUCUAAAUACAAAAUCAUGUACAUGGACACCGAUAGCUUGAUAUAUUUUCUGGAAUGUCAGAACGUUUACAAAAAUAUGAAGCGGAAUAUCGCAAGAUUCGACACAAGCGAUUACUCCGACGACAACGCGUACGAUAAACCCCGCGCGAACAAGAAGGUUUUCGGUUUAAUGAAGGACGAGAACAAUGGAGCGAUUAUGACAGUGUUCAUAGGAUUCAGGGCGAAAAUGUACUUGAGAAUUCUGGGAAAGAGUGAUACGAAGAGAAUAAAGGGCGUCAAGAGGAGUAUCGUUGCGAAAACGAUAAUGUUCGAGGAUUUGCGCGUUGCUUGA